AUGAGCUGGACCCAUUUUCUAUAUUUCUUUCUUUUUUCUUUCUUUCUUUCUCCUCGCUGUGUGAAGACUUUGGUUCUGCAAUUAAGAGAAACUUUUUCUUUCCUUUUUUGUUUUUAUUCUACCUUACACAAAUUCUUCCUUUUCUUUUUUGCCUUCUCUGCUUAUAUUCAACGAUUUGUCUUUCUUUCUUUCUUUCUUUCUUCAAUUCUUUCUUUCUUUCAUUCUUCAAUUCUUUCUUCUUCGUUCCCUUCUUUCUGCGUUCCUUUCUUCGUUUCUUCGUUUCUUUCUUUCUUUCUUUCUUUCUUUCUUUCUUCAAUUCUUUCCUUCUUCGGUCCUUUCUUUCUUUCUGCGUUCCUUUCUUCGUUUCUUUCUUUCUUUCUUUCUUUCUUUCUUUCUUCAUUUCUUUCCUUCUUCGUUUCUUUCUUUCUUUCUUUCUUUCUUCAAUUCUUUCUUUCAUUCUUCAAUUCCUUCCUUCUUUCUUUCUUUCUGCGUUCCUUUCUUCGUUUCUUUAUUUCUUUCUUUCUUUCUUUCUUCAAUUCUUUCCUUCUUCGGUCCUUUUUUUCUUUCUGCGUUCCCUUCUUCGUUUCUUUCUUUCUUCCUUCUUUCUUUCAUUCUUCCUUCUUUCUUUCAUUCUUCAUUUCUUUCCUUCUUCGUUCCAUUCUUUCUCUCUGCGUUCCUUUCUUCGUUUCUUUCUUUCUUCAAUUCUUUCUUUCAUGCUUCAAUUCAUUCCUUCUUCCUUUCUUUCUUUCUUUCUUUCUUUCUUUCUUUCUUUCUUUCUUUCUACGUUCCUUUCUUCGUUUCUUUCUUUCUUUAAUUCUUUCUUUCCUUCUUCAAUUCAUUCCUUCUUCGUUCCUUUCUUUCUUUCUGCGUUCUUUUCUGCGUUCCUGUCUUCGUUUCUUUCUUCAUUUUAUCUCAGCUAAAAUAUCUUUGAUUCUUCUUUAUUCUCUUUGCUAG